AUGAAUGGGUACAUCAAAAUACCCACACCAGAAGACUUGGAUAUAAUAUCAGAUAUCAAAUUUUCCCCUGUAGAGAAUCAUCUCUUAGUAUCGUCAUGGGAUAAUCAAAUUUUACUUUACGAUACCGAUUAUUAUGAAACAUGUAGAUUGAUGAACAAAUUUCAAUCAACCACACCAACUUUAUGUAUGACAUUUGCAAAGAAUAAUAGUGCUUAUGUAGGGACAUUAGAGGGAGGUAUAUUUGAAAUUGACUUUGAGAAUGAUAAAUUAUUGAACAUGAAUUGGGUUCAUUUAAAUGAUUUGGAUUCAGGUAUCAAUAACAUCAACACCAUUGAUAAUUUGGUGAUAUCCACAUCUUUCAGUAAGAAAUUUCAAGGAACAGAUUAUAGGCAAUCGACACCUAUAUUCUCCAACGUCUUAUCACAUAAGAUCUUGGCAAUGGAUACUAAUGACAAUGAAGUAAUUCUCGCUUUAUCUGAUCGAAUAAUUGAAAGAUACGAUAAAAGAGAUUGGAGUAAACCUCUUGAAAGCCGAGAAAGUCCUUUUGACCUUCAGAUCAAUGACUUAAAGACUUUUGAUGAAGGUUUUGCUGUUUCUAGUAUAGACGGAAGAGUAGGGAUGGAAUUCUUCAACCCUGAUACUUCGAGGUUCGUCUUCCGUUGUCAUAGAACAACAGAUAAAUUAACCAAUACUCAAAUUGCCUAUCCUGUUAAUUCUUUAUCAUUCAAUGAUAAUUUAUUAUACACAUCAGGAUCAGAUGGGAUAGUAAAUAUUUGGAAUUGGCAAAAUAAGAAGAAAACUUCAUCGUUGAAUCAAUUGAAAUAUAGUAACAAUGAAAUUCAAAGUAUUGUAAAGUCAGAUAUCAACGGUACCAAAGAUUUAUUGGCUAUUGCCACCAGUGAUGAUGGUUAUAAAACCACCAAAGAUUUAAAUUAUUCAUCGUCAUUGCCUCAAUAUCCUAGUAAUGUUUACCUUUAUCGCCUUAAGUAA